GCCACCGCGGGCACGAUCAGGGCACGCAGGAACAGCGCAGGCCCCCAAGCACCAGCCAACCUCGAGCGCAGGCCAGAGCAAGAAACACGCCGUUCCCGACCAUUCCCACUUUCCCAGUGCGAUUCGCUCCGCAUCUCCCACAGGGCCCACCGCCCGAUCCCCAAGAACCCUGCUGAAACCUUCCGCCGAUCCGCCCCCGCCCGGCGCCCCCCAUGGCCGCCGCGCGGCCGCCGACGCCGCCGCGGCUGGGUUCGCUGUGGUCGACGUUGGAGGACCAGCGCGGCUCCACGGUUGCGCUGCUCUCCUCCACCUCCGGGGAGGAGAGGGAGCAGCAGCCCAAGGAGAGGCUUUUCCGGCGGGCCGUCGCCGCCGUGGCACGCUGGUGGGGGGUCGCGUGCGGUGCCGUGUCGGAGCUCUGGGCGUUCGCGCGGGCCGACCCGCGGAAAGCCGUGUUCGCGGCCAAGGUCGGGCUCGCGCUCGCGCUCAUCACGCUGCUCGUCUUCCUCCGGGAGCCGCACGACAUCGUGAGCCAUUCCGUCUGGGCCAUCCUCACCGUUGUCGUCGUCUUCGAGUUCAGCAUCGGUGCAACCUUAAGCAAAGGGUUUAAUCGUGGAUUGGGGACACUAACUGCAGGAGCUCUUGCUCUAGCGGUUGCAGAAUUGUCCAAAAACCUGGGAAAAUUAGAGGAAGUGAUUCUUAUAACGAGCAUCAUUGUUGUUGCCUUUGUCACAACUUUGACAAAGCUGCAUCCGAAGAUGAAGCCAUAUGAGUAUGGAUUCCGUGUGUUCUUGUUGACAUUCUGUUAUGUUAUGGUCUCUGGGUACAACACUGGGAAGUUCACUGAUACAGCUACAAGCAGAUUUAUACUGAUUGCCAUUGGUGCUGCUGUCAGUCUUGGAAUCAAUAUAGGUAUUUACCCAAUCUGGGCAGGAGAGGAUUUGCACAACCUGAUAUCAAAAAAUUUCACUGGUGUUGCCAAAUCCUUGGAAGGUUGUGUUGAUGGAUAUCUGAAAUGCAUGGAAUAUGAAAGGAUUCCUUCAAAAAUACUUGUGUACCAAGCAUCUGAUGAUCCUCUAUAUAGCGGGUACAGGGCAGCUGUUGAGGCAUCUGCACAGGAGGAAACCCUGCUUGGUUUUGCUGUAUGGGAACCACCCCAUGGUCCUUAUAAAACAAUGAACUAUCCUUGGAGGAGUUUCACCAAAGUUGGUGGAGCAUUGAGGCACUGUUCCUUUGCAGUCAUGGCGUUGCAUGGUUGCAUUCUUUCGGAAAUUCAGGCACCUCCAGAGAGCAGAAGGGUUUUUGCUGCAGAGAUUCAGAAAGUGGGUCAGGAAGGUGCUAAAGCGUUGCGCGAGCUUGGAAACAGAGUUAAGACGAUGACCAAGUUGAGUUCUAUAGAUAUUCUAUUAGAGGUCCACAUGGCAGCUGAAGAGUUGCAAAAAAAGAUUGAUGAAAAGUCAUACCUUCUGGUGAAUACUGAAAGGUGGGAUGCUAGCAAGCAGGCUCAAGGAAUCAAAGAAGUCCUUAAUGGCACCAAUACUGUGGAAAAAGGAAACAGGAACAGAGAAAACAAGAAUGAUGGCACCAGUGCUGUGGAAAAAGAAAGCAAGGAUGAAGGGGUGGAAACUACCAUUGUUGAUCAGACUUUAUUGCAUCAAUCAAAGAGCUUUCUUGGUAACUCAUUUCUAAGAAGAUAUGAUUCAACGUCAACAAUGGAUGGUUUUAAGCUGUCUUGGCCUGCUCAAAGAUCAUUCAAUCCAAACGUGCCACUUGAAGAUGAGGACUCCAAAACAUACGAAAGUGCAAGCGCUUUGUCCUUGGCCACAUUUGCCUCACUUCUGAUUGAGUUUGUUGCCCGACUAGGGAAUGUUGUUGACGCAUUCAAAGAGUUGAGUCAGGAGGCUAACUUUAAGGAUCCUGUGGAGGAGCCUACUACAGUUAGCACAAGUGAUGGUGGGUAUUUCGAUAAAAUACGCAAAUUGGUAGGAUUCUAGAUUUGACACUGAUGAUGACACUGCAAGGUUUCAGAUGGCCUUGCAAUCCUUUUUUGGCAUCCAAUUUUGUUUUUAAAAGAAUUUUGGGGUACGGAAUGUACACUAAAACUUGUAAUUGCUGAUCUAUGCAUCCGCUGUAUUGUGUUUUUAGCGCCCUGUAAAUAAUAUUAAACCUGGCUGAUUGCACGUAUGUAUAUCUUACGUGAAGCUUUUGUUUCAAGUAUGUUUUGUGAA